GUGCAGCUUCCGGUUUCAGUUUUGUUUUUGUCUGCAGAAACUGAGAAAUGUCUCUUGGUAUAAUUUCUUGUAAUCGCACAUUUUAAGGAAAUGAAUAAUUGUUAAUAAAUAUGAUGGAUCCACAAUUAACACAAGCAUUAAAAGCAGCACCAACCAAUGAAUACCUUCUACAGGGAAGCAUUUUAGACAGUUCAUUAGAAGUCCUACUGUGUAGAUUGAAAGGUCUUUGCGAUCAUGCUGAUUCACCUGAAGAAAAAUUUGUAGAUCAUGAAAUGGUGUAUGCCAUCAAGAAUGCCAGCAUUCCUCAGCCAUUGCAGUAUAGUGUUAGACAUUCCCUGGUGCAACCAGAAAACUGGCAACUCCGAUACCUUGGUCAUUCUGAGAUGGGUGACAAAAGUCGACACACACUAAUCAGGAACUGUGUUGAUGUAGCUACCUCAGAUAAUGUUUUACAGUUUCUUCAUGAAGUUGGUUUCAGAUUGGACCAUGAGUUUGUUGUGAAAGGUUUUUACUUCCAUAAAGGCAGAAUGAAAGUUACAGUCUCGAAAAUAUUUAAGAUGAUGCAACAAGGGCACACAACAGACAACCUGGAAUCUAUAGUGCCAUCUUACUUGGUAGAGCUCAGUGUACUUGCUAUGUCUGGACAAGAUGCUAUUGCUGAAGACAUGAAAAACUUUGCAGAACAACUCAAACCUCUUGUGCAGCUUGAGAAGAUAGAUCACAGAAGACUACAAGCUACUGGAACUUAACCCUCAGAUUUAUAACAAGCAUGAAAUUAACAUAACUGUUAGGUGGAUACAAAAAGAAAUGAAAUUGACACAGUUUCUUGGCUGGAUAUAAUCAGCUAUAGCUUUAAUGCUGAUCAAGAAUCUCAAAACAACAGGUUCAUCUGUCAAUGAAAUGUAUUAUUGAAAGACAGGAUUUUAAUGGUUAGAAGUACAUGAUGGACCAGCAAAUAAGUUUACAUUGUCAAAAACAGUUUCAGAAGAAAUACUUAACUGUUGUACUCAUACUGAAUAUUAAAGUGUAUAAAUCACAUAA